GAAAGACUUUGAAAUGAGUCAAUUGAAUUCAAGGAUUGAAGAUGGGCAAGUGACUGAGGCCCAGCUGCAGAAGAAGAUCAAGGAGCUCCAGGCACGCAUUGAGGAGCUGGAGGAGGAGCUGGAGGCUGAGCGUGCUGCCAGAGCCAAGGUGGAGAAGCAGCGGGCAGAAGUGUCACGGGAGCUGGAGGAGCUGAGCGAGCGGCUGGAGGAGGCUGGUGGGGCGACGGCCACGCAGCUGGAGAUGAACAAGAAGCGGGAAGCAGAGUUCCUGAAGCUGCGGCGGGACCUGGAGGAGGCAACCCUGCAGCAUGAGUCCACGGCAGCUGCCCUGCGGAAGAAGCACGCAGACAGUGUGGCAGAGCUGAGCGAGCAGAUUGACAACCUGCAGCGUGUCAAGCAGAAGCUGGAGAAGGAGAAGAGUGAGAUGAAGAUGGAGGUGGAUGACCUAUCAUCCAACAUUGAAUACCUCACCAAGAACAAGGCCAAUGCCGAGAAGCUGUGCCGCACCUAUGAGGACCAGUUGAGCGAGGCCAAGUCCAAAGUGGACGAGCUGCAGCGACAACUGACUGACGUGAGCACACAGCGGGGCAGGCUGCAGACUGAGAAUGGGGAGCUUAGUCGGCUGCUGGAGGAGAAGGAGUCCUUCAUCAACCAGCUGAACCGUGGCAAGACCUCAUUCACACAGAACAUCGAGGAACUAAAGAGGCAGCUGGAGGAAGAGACCAAGAGCAAGAAUGCCCUGGCCCAUGCUCUGCAAGCCUCCCGGCAUGACUGUGACCUGCUGCGGGAGCAGUACGAGGAGGAGGUGGAGGCCAAGAGUGAGCUCCAGAGGAACUUGUCUAAGGCCAAUGCGGAAGUGGCCCAGUGGAGAACCAAGUAUGAGACGGAUGCCAUUCAGAGGACGGAGGAGCUGGAAGAAGCCAAGAAGAAGCUGGCCAUUCGGCUGCAGGAGGCGGAGGAGGCGGUGGAGGCUGCCCACGCCAAGUGCUCCUCAUUGGAAAAGACCAAGCACCGGCUGCAAACAGAGAUCGAGGACCUCUCGGUAGACCUGGAGCGUGCCAACUCGGCCUGUGCUGCCCUGGACAAGAAGCAGCGCAACUUUGACAGGAUCCUGGCUGAGUGGAAGCAGAAGUAUGAGGAGACCCAGGCGGAGCUGGAGGCAUCACAGAAGGAGUCACGCAGCCUGAGCACAGAGCUCUUCAAGCUCAAGAAUGCCUAUGAGGAGUCCCUGGACAACCUGGAGACCCUCAAGAGGGAGAACAAGAACCUGCAGGAGGAAAUUGCUGAUCUGACUGACCAGAUCAGCCUGAGUGGUAAAACCAUCCAUGAGCUGGAGAAGCUGAAGAAAGCCCUGGAGAGUGAGAAGAGUGAUAUCCAGGCAGCUCUGGAGGAGGCUGAGGGGGCCCUGGAGCAUGAGGAGAGCAAGACGCUGCGCAUCCAGCUGGAGCUGAACCAGAUCAAGGCCGAUGUGGACAGGAAGCUGGCGGAGAAGGACGAGGAGUUUGAGAACCUGAGGCGCAACCACCAGCGUGCCAUGGACUCCAUGCAGGCCACAUUGGAUGCAGAGGCCCGGGCCAAGAACGAGGCUGUCCGUCUGAGGAAGAAGAUGGAGGGAGACCUGAACGAGAUGGAGAUCCAGCUGAGCCAUGCCAACCGCCAGGCUGCCGAGUUCCAGAAACUGGGCCGCCAGCUUCAGGCCCAGAUCAAGGACCUGCAAAUCGAGUUGGAUGACACUCAGCGCCACAAUGACGACCUGAAGGAGCAGGUGGCUGCCCUGGAGCGCCGCAACAACCUGCUGCUGGCAGAGGUGGAGGAGCUACGGGCAGCGCUGGAACAGGCGGAGAGGAGCAGAAAGCUGGCGGAGCAGGAGCUGCUGGAGGCCACUGAGAGGGUCAACCUGCUCCACUCCCAGAACACGGGCCUGAUCAACCAAAAGAAGAAGCUGGAGACCGACAUCUCACAGCUAAGCAGUGAAGUGGAGGACGCGGUGCAGGAGUGCCGCAACGCUGAGGAGAAGGCAAAGAAGGCUAUCACAGACGCUGCCAUGAUGGCAGAGGAGCUGAAGAAGGAGCAGGACACGAGCGCGCACCUGGAGCGGAUGAAGAAGAACAUGGAACAGACCAUCAAGGACCUGCAGAUGCGCCUGGACGAAGCAGAGCAGAUUGCUCUCAAGGGGGGCAAGAAGCAGAUCCAGAAGCUGGAGGCCAGGGUGCGGGAGCUGGAGGGAGAACUGGAUGUGGAGCAGAAGAAGAUGGCUGAAGCCCAGAAAGGCAUUCGCAAGUACGAGCGGAGGAUCAAGGAGCUGAGCUACCAGGCUGAGGAAGACCGGAAGAAUCUGACACGGAUGCAGGACCUGAUCGACAAGCUGCAGAGCAAGGUCAAGAGCUACAAGCGCCAGUUUGAGGAGGCGGAGCAGCAGGCCAACUCCAACCUGGUGAAGUACCGCAAGGUGCAGCACGAGCUGGAUGAUGCCGAGGAGCGUGCUGACAUCGCCGAGACACAGGUCAACAAGCUGCGCGCCCGCACCCGGGAGGUCAUCACCUCCAAGCAUGAGUAGUAGAAGCCCAGCUGCCUGCCCUGCCCGCUGUAGGUUGAAGGUAAAUGGCUGCAACAGUCACUGCCAGCUUUGUACUGUGUGAAUAAAAGUAGAUCUGC